AUGCUGAACACGUUGUGUCUACUGAUAGCACUGCUAUCGAGCCCAAUUUGGGCCAUCUUCGCUGAUGAAGCAUGGCAUACUGAUUACCAUUUUGCCCUGCUUGGCUUGCCACAGGUCGGCACGACGUUCUUUCAUCAGCCCAAUGCUGCCUCAAAAGCAUCGCUGAUCUACACCCUCUCUGAACAAGGUGUCGUUGGAGCUGUCAAUCCACGUGACGGCUCGUUAGUGUGGCGUCAGGUUCUGCAAUCACAAGCAUUUAACGCGAAUGUUAGCUUUUUGCGAGCCGGACAAGACCAAGACAUCGUCGUAAGCGGCCACGACAACCAGGUCAUUGCAUGGAGCGCUGGCGAUGGGCGUCUUGUGUGGGAUACGACCCUAGCUGGCCAUCUAGUAGACCUCGAAAUCCUUGAGCUUGUUGACGGAGAUGGCUCUGCUGCGACAAAGGACGUCAUCUUGCUCACUGGUGGUGGUAACUCGGUCGUGCAGAGGAUCGAUGGUUCCACCGGUGCAGCCAGAUGGUCAUUCGAUAUUGGUAAUGGGGACUUGCCCUAUCAAAUUUCUGCAUCUGCCACCGAGAUAUAUGCGAUUUUGCUUCACAAAACCUUGCUUGGCAACUACAAGAUCAAAACCAUCACAUUGGAUUCGACAUCAGGGCGGAAGAUUGACGAGAACGUCCUCACUGCAGAUGGCGAUCUGGCGUCUGCAGAUACCAUCAUCACAGUUGGCGCAAAUUCUGCCUCGCCGAUAAUUGCGUGGACGGAUGCUUCUCGUUCAACUCUAAAGCUUAACAUUAUUGGCACGAAGACUGUUACAUCCUUUCCAAUCGACACGCAGGGGGACGGAGCUGUAGAGCGUGUUCAGGUACACGCUCCAUAUCACACGAACUCGCUCCCACACUUUCUCGUCCAAUACGAAACGGAAAAAGCGCAUUGGGCGGAGGUCUUCCACGUUAAUCUACAGAAGAAAAUUAUAAAAAAGGCAUAUCAGCUUCCAAGGAUUUCCGGAAAAGGCGUGUUUUCCACAAGUACCUCAGAUGCGAAUGUUUAUUUCACAAGACUGACUCAGGGUGAGAUUGUGACCGUCUCGUCGGCCUCUCAUGGAGUAUUGGGCAAGUGGCCCAUUAGGGGAUUUGGCACAAGCGGCAAGGAUCACGAGCACAACUUGCCGGUUCUAGUGAGCUCUGAGAUAUCUUUGAAGGACAACACUGUUUCAGCCAUUCGAUCGGCAGUACUUCUCGCAUCGGGCGAAUGGGUUCUCAUGCGAGAUGGAAACCCGAUCUGGCAAAGACCCGAGGCCUUGGCCGGAACCAUCACAGCCACCUUCGCGUUGCCUAGCUCGGUUCAAAAUCUUGCCGAAGCUUUCCAGGUUGAGAUCCACAGCAAUCCGGUCUCAGCUUAUCUUCACCGGGUCAAGCGCCAUAUUCUUGACCUGCAAAAGGUUCCUGAACUGCUCGCUGGCUUACCGCAGCGGAUCGCUAGUGGCGUCCUGGGGACUACUGCCGAUGAUGCUUUGAUUGGGGACACGUUUGGCUUCCAUCAGAUCAUCGCCUGCGCCGUUCGUGGUGGGCGUGUUGUUGCUAUUGACGCUGGUAACCCGAACAUCAUUCUCUGGAGCAAGCAGAUCGUGGAACCGUCGUUGGUCAACGACUGGAAGCCUGUCUUUCAGAACUCCGCACCCGGUUACUUGACACUCAAGCCAAAUAACAGCACACAGGCCAUACAUGUCAAUGCGACGACUGGACUUCCGCUGUCCAGCCUCCCGCCUCUCCAUGAGGACGAAAUCCACUCUGGGUCCAUCAAAUUCUCAUUGCAGGAUGGUUCACUCGAAGCUAUCCGCAGUGAUGGCGCGUCGUCGGAUUCGUUGUGGCGCUUUGUGAUUCCAGCGGAACAACGAGUUCUCAGUAUCGUUCCGCGACCUGUCAUUGAUCCAGUGGCGUCCAUCGGUAAAGUCUUAGGAGAUCGCACAGUCCUCUACAAGUACCUGAGCCCAAAUUUGGCAUUGCUCAUCACGGCGAAUGAUGUCGUUUCGUCGGCUUCAUUCAAUGUUUUGGAUACCGCAUCUGGGGCGUCUCUGUUUUCAAGUGUGCACAACGACGUCGAUCUUACACUACCGAUUGCGAGCAUCAUGUCGGAGAAUUGGUUUGCCUACUCUUACACAUCGAACUCAUACCCCGAUUCACCCAAAGGCCAUCAACUCGUCGUCGGAGAGCUAUUUGAAUCACUAAGCCCCAACGACCGUGGACCUCUGGGUUCUCAGUCAAACUUUUCCAGCUUGGAGACUGCAGUCUCGCCAUACGUACUGAGCAAGACCUAUCAAAUUCCCGAGUCCAUCUCAAAACUUUCCGUGACGAGGACACGCCAAGGCAUUACCUCUCGACAACUACUCGCCGUCCUGGCGGACUCUGCUGCGAUUGUCGGCAUCCCAUACCAAAUCCUAGAUCCACGUCGGCCGGUGGCCAGGGAUCCCACCAAAAAUGAGCAGGCUGAAGGUCUGAUUCGCUAUGCGCCAGUGAUCGAGUUUGAUCCCAAGUGGUACCUCAACCACAAGAGAGAGGUGAUUGGAACGAUCAACGUCAUCACAAGCCCGGCUUUAAUCGAAAGCACCAGCUUAGUAUUUGCAUAUGGAUUGGACAUCUUCGGGACCAAGCUCAGUCCGAGUUUCAGCUUUGACAUCCUAGGUCGAGACUUUAAUAAAUUUCAGAUGCUAGCGACGGUGGCAGCACUUGCGAUAUUGACGUUUGUCGUCGGACCUCUGCAGGUCAACACGCGAUGGCAGUUCAGAUGA